AUGGGUCUCUAUCAGCGAAGACGCCCUUCUCCGAUAAGGAUCGUUCCGAAAUAUGUUCGUCGACAAGCACCAGCCGAGGGGGUGGAAGCGGUGGAAGAAGGUCCAGAGAGUCCAGAUUCUGUAUUUAGUAGCCCUUCAACAGCUGGGGUAGCAUCCGCCGGCCCAGACUCCCCAGACUCUCCAUCGCCAACUCAAACGACAUUUCCCGAAGCCGGAGAGGUGGAGGGAGAGGAACCACCGUCCCCUACGGAAGCUCCCGCGCAGGUCAGCUCUGGCGCCUCGAGUGCGACAGCUCCCGCUGCGACCAGCCAAGCCAGCCAACCUAGUCAAGCAAUCCCGCCCCCACCACCACCACCACCCUCAUCUACGCAAGCUCUGGAUCGGAUCUCGUCCUCUGCAGAAGCUUCGUCUGCUACACCGCAGCCGGCAUCGUCUCCCCUGGCUCCUACACGAGAACCCUCUUCUCGAGGCACAAGCGCGCCUGCCGCACAGAUUACUCAAGGUAGCUCAGCAACUGAGGCUCCUACGCCAAGCAUUACAACCACCGUCGUGCCUGAUUCUCAGUUCUCGAGUAAAAAGCAGGGCGCAUCUGCCGAGCCGUCGAGCUCCGUGACUGCUCAGCCGUCCAGUACCGGCACAGCACUCACGCCGGCUCAAUCCGAGCUUGCUGGAGAAGGCUCGGCUAUUGGUUCAAAUCCCACUCAGAAGGGGACCAAAAAAGACGGGCCGACGAUGAGCGUGGGUGCCGAAGCAGCUCUAAUUUCCUUGUCUGUUUUAGGGUUUAUAGCACUCGUCGUCGGACUUGUUCUCUUCUUCAAACGGCAGCGCAGAAAGCGGCAUGAGCUCAGCAUGCGCCAUGCCGAAGACGCCUUCAACCCCAGCAACGUCGGCAGCCUACACGCCCCGGAAACGGUCCAUACCAGCUUCGAUCCUGAUAACGAUACCUCGCAUUUGACCAAAUCCUCCACAACUAGCACCUCCCUCUUCGGCGCUGCGCACUACGAACGCCCCGAAACAGUCUCCUCCGGUGAUGGGCGAUCCCGCAUCGCACCUCCCCAGCCCACGCCAAACCCGUUCGCCGACCCGCCCUUAAGCAAAGCAUACGAACAGCUCCGCGGCCGACCUGUUUCUACUACCCUGACGAAUCGGGAGAGCUGGCUCAAAAAUCCAUUCAAGGAUCCCAGUUCUGAGCGCUUUGACCCGUUUGGCGAGUUGCAGGAGAAGGCACGCAUCGAGCGGGUGCGGUACGUCGAGGAGCUGAGGAGGGAGGAGGAAGAGAGGCAGUAUAGAGAGAAGGAGGCGAUGGGACUGGGUCUUCCGGAGGCGGCGAGGAAGGGGAGUGGGGUUACGGUAGAGGGGCUGGGCGUGUUGGAUCGGAGUGGAUCCGGGGGGUAUAGAUGA